UCAUUGGCUGAGAAAAGCCACGCGUCCCGGAGGGAAGGGAGCUCAACCCACGUGCGCGAGAAAAGAGGGCGCGAGUGCGCGCGCUGAGUGGCCCCCCGCUGGGAUGCAGUGUCUCAUCUGUAAGAGGACCUGUCAUUCCAUUAUCAUCAUGUUGUCUUAGAUGCCAAAUCCAAGUGUUUACCUAAUCAGCCUUAUCUAUGUGUGUGUUGACCUCAUUAAAGAAUUCUGAAAAGAUUGUGAAAUGACUGACAGUGUUACCACAUUUACUAUUGACGCCCCUCGCUGGGAGCAGAACACCUUCAUAGGACGCCUAAAGCACUUUUUCAACAUCACAGAUCCUAGGACGCUACUGGUGUCGGAACAUGAACUGGAUUCAGCAAAAGCAUUGGUGGAAAGCUGCAGGGCAGGCACCGUGCCUCCAGGAACCAGCGAGGAGCAACUUUUCUAUGCCAAGAAGCUUUAUGACUCCGCUUUCCACCCUGAUUCAGGGGAGAAGAUGAAUUUAAUAGGGAGAAUGUCAUUUCAAGUCCCUGGGGGAAUGGCUAUCACUGGCGGCAUGCUGCAGUUUUAUAGGACAGUCCCAGCUGUAGUUUUCUGGCAAUGGGUGAAUCAGUCUUUUAAUGCUUUUGUGAACUACACGAACAGGAAUGCUGCCAGCCCCAUCACUGUCAAGCAAAUUGGAGUCGCAUAUUUCACUGCUACCACCACUGCCUUGGCAACUGCUGUGGGACUCAAUCUUUACACCAAGAGAGCCCCGACCCUUGUGGCACGUUGGGUCCCUUUUGCUGCAGUAGCUGCUGCCAAUUGUGUGAAUAUCCCCUUGAUGAGGCAGCAGGAACUCAUUAAUGGAAUCACAGUGACAGAUGAGAAUGACAACGUUUUGGGCACGUCAAGGAGAUCUGCAAUCAAAGGGAUAGCUCAAGUGGUGGUUUCCCGUAUUGCCAUGGCCGCUCCUGGCAUGAUUGUGUUGCCUAUCAUCAUGGAGAGACUAGAAAAAUACCCUUUCAUGAAGAAAAUCCACGUUCUCCAUGCUCCAUUGCAAACAAUACUUGUUGGAGGAUUUCUCGUGUUCAUGGUCCCAAUUGGCUGUGCACUUUUCCCCCAAAGAAGCAAAAUUGCCGUUGCGCAUCUGGAGCCCGACCUGAGAGAAUCAAUUGUGGCCAAACAUGGGGACAAAGUGUCUUAUGUCUAUUUUAACAAAGGGUUAUAAGUGAUAACCAUCUGAACUUGUUGCCUCAUCCCACCUUGGAAUCAGUUUUCCCUGGAGAAGCGCCUAAGCAGUUGUGGCCAGGAAACAAGCUCAAAAUACUGCGGAAAAAUAAUCACUGCCUCUCUCCUUCUGCUCCCAGUGUUUAGGGAUGGGUUGUGUAGAUGGGCGCUCUUGAGCUCUUACCACCUACUUCUGUGCCGGGAAAUGGAUCUGGCCUUCAGUAUAAAGUUGUCAUUAACUUCUGCCUCUUGGCAAAUGAAGUAGAGUCUCCUGUGGUCAAUAAAACCAAAUCUUACACUGUGUUGUCAAAGGCUUUCAUGGCCAGAAUCACUGGGUUGCUAUGAGUUUUCCGGGCUGUCUAGCCGUGUUCCAGAAGCAUCUCUCCUGACGUUUUUCAUACAUCUGUGGCAAGCAUCCUCAGAGGUUGUGAGGUCUGUUGGAAACUAGGUAAGUGAGGUUUAUAUAUCUGUUCUUUUGGCUGCGAAAAAUUGUGGGGGAGUAUUUGAUUUUCCUUCUACGCUGCAGAGACGCAGAUACUAUCCCAUAAUUUCUCACAGCCAAAAGGGCAGAUAUGUAAACCCCACUUGCC